AUGAAACCUGAUGUGCCUCCCUCCUACGAAACAGCCGUUAGUCGCGAGGCCUGGUCCAUCAUUGCGCCUUGGAUACCCUCGCGCGACCUCUGUUCAGCAUGCCUCGUGUGCCAAAAAUGGUAUUCCAUCUUCAUUCCCUUCCUCUGGGGCGACCCCGCCUCUCACUUUGGCAUUGCAAAUGAUGCCGUUUACGUCGCCCUCACUCGCUUCAAGAGGAUUCUACGCAAGGCCCGCCUGUCCACGAGAAGCCUCACCCACACCCUCCACCUGCCACCUGCCCUGAGCGAGAUCUAUGGCGGUCCCAAUCCUACCUGGCUGCGCGAAGUCCUCGAGUUUCUACCCAAUCUCCAGAGUCUCAUUGUAACAAAACUGCCCUUCUUUGACCAUCACAGCCUUGCCGCGCUCAAGUCUACCUCCGUCAACAGGAGAUUGUCUCAGGGAGAAGAGAAUGUACUGCCUCCUUUUGGCCUGAAGCUGUUACUAGCAUCGAGCGAACCCAAUAGCACCUCUCUCGGCUUGACCAUCGCCUUACCACGCUUUCCGUAUCUCGUCUAUCUUGACUUGUCAUAUACCCCUCCUGCUCGCGAUGCAGCAGUCCUGGCAGCCCUGGCGCACCAGCGCGACCUUCAAGUUUUAAAACUGCGCGGUGUGGGCCUCAAGGAUGGAGAGGCCGAGGUUCUAGCCAAUGCAAUCGGUAUUCGGGUCAGGCUGUUGGAUAUUCGAGACAAUCUGUUAACGGACAUGGCUGUGAGGUCUUUAAUGCAAGCUUGUUUCUUAGAUGCUGACGCCGCCAACCUGGGUUCCCUCAAUGUCGAAGAUUGGCCGGUCGGGAUGGCACCCGGUCCCAACUUUUUCAGCCUCGACGCUUUGCGAAGUGAAGAUCUCGAUCAUGAGCUCUUGAAGCAAUUAACCAAUCCACUCACGGGGCGCCUUGCUUUUGAAGACAUCCCCCACCGAGGCUUAACACAUUUAUAUGUGUCUGGAAAUCGUUUAUCUGUCGAAGGCUUGUCAAGCCUCCUGAAAUCUGAACGGUUGCACAUUCUCGAUGGAGGUACAGCAGAUACCGUCAAAACCAUUGCACGGACUAUCUCGUUAACCACCGAGAGCGGCUAUAUUGAUGAGGUUCGUUUUCCCGGUGCCGAGAAACUCAUUCCAGUUCUUGCAAAAUCAGCAAGUAGAAACCUGACCUACCUCCGCGUUGAUCAUGCGUUGAUCACAGCAAAGCUUGAGGCUGUUCAAGGUGUGCCCAAGCCAAAAGGUACUGCUGUCGAACUAGCAGGUUCAGCGCCACUCUCAGCAGAGUUGCCCUCAGAGGAAAGACAUGUGGUGGAAGCUCCAGCCCCUGCACAUUAUGCCGUCGAGCUACCACCUGGUGACCAAAUAUUUGAAAUGGAUGCUACCCCGGCCGCACCUCGAGCUGAGCUGAUCGGCGAUGUCAUCUAUUUUGCUCUCAGCCCUCCAGUGGGCAAGAGGCCAGAAGUGAAUAGUCCUGUCAUUGAAACGCAGACUCCCAUCAGAGGUGAAGGUCCAUAUGCACCCGAAGUUGUCGGUGACCCAGAGCUUGAAAGUGAACAUGAAGGCGAUCAUGACACAGUAGCAGACUCAGAGAUUUCUGAGGGUACCGGAACUAACAGCUCAACGAGAUCUAUUCUGUCUCCCGUAUCCCCAAUGACUCCUCACCCAGGACACGGUACCUUUCAACCCUUGAUUGCUCCUCCUAGUGUCACGCCUAAGCCAACAGUCCCGACUGGCGCACCGCCUGCUGCGAAAGCGCCUACCUCAGUACCUACCUCAAGCCCUGUCCCUCACGCGUCGGUGGGUACUUCCCAACCUCUCCAGCAGCAGCAACCACCACCACCCAAAAAGGUGCCAUUUACAUCACCCUCGAAUCAACAUCGUCAUGCACGCAUAGAAGCACUUCUCUCGAAGCGGCCAGCUGGCACGUCUGCAAAAAAGUACCAACCUGGUCAGAAAAUGCCUCAAGUUACUGCAAAUAACUUGAGCGUUCUUCAUCCCUGUCUCCUUCCGAAUCUCCGGACCUUGGUCUUGACCAACGUUCCGCUGAAAGUGCCACAAUCAUCAUCAGUAAUUCCUGCUUUGAAAGCGUUCAUAUCUGCUUGCGCAGACGAAUCCGCAUUGUCGCAUCUCCUUGCGCGAACAGACUAUUCGCUUCCUCCAGGACGAGCGCGUCAUUUGGCUGAAAUUGAGCAUGCUCGCUCCUUGUUUGCUCUCCGGACCAUCAUUCUUGAGAUGGAGUCGCCCAGUGCCAAGACCGAAAAUGCACAACGUGCCUGGCAGCACUCACGCCAGCGCAUAAGUAUGAGCAAAUCUUCUACAGGAGACCUGGACAGUGAGAAUCUAUGGUCUGCAGCCGAAAAUGAUUUCAGCUUCUUUGGAGAAGAAGGUGAGGAGAAAGAUGAGUGUGGUAUCUAUCAGCACGAUCCGGAGAAGUAUUUCCCCACGGCCCGGUUUGACGAUAAAAUUGUUCUUACAGUGGAUGAUGCUUCGUUUGACAAUAUCAGCGGUACGAACAGUCCACAUGGGAGCUUACAAGGCCACGGCACACUAAAUCCAUUCUCAAUGAACUAUGGCGGUGGCAACUCAACGCUGCGGAGUCCGAGAAAUCUACCCCUGGGAAGGAAUAGGAGACCUUCCAAUGAGAGCCAGCGGAGUGGCAUGGGCCCUCCUUUCUCAAAUGGAGACUCUAGAGUUUCCUGGGCAGAGAUGCAAGGCACACCCGCGUCACCAAAACUCAUGCAGAAUAGGUUGGCGCCAACAUCUAAUCCUGCGCCGAAUUCUGCAAUCGAGGAAGACGAGCCUGAAGUAGAUGUUGUUGUAUCGUUAGCCGCUUGGAGAAAAGAACGCAAGCUAGCAUAUGAACAAGAACUUGCUCGUCAUCGCGCCAGUAAAAUGAAUGGUCACGCCAAUGGCUUCCAUGCAGCGGGUUCACGGCCAUCUUCUUCGGCAGGUCCCAGAGGGUAUGGAUACGGCUACGACCCUGGCGCGACAUCGUUCACGAAUGGGGUUGGAGCUGGGCAUACCAACGGGCCGCUAUCUGCCUCCGCAGCCUCCCGCCCUUCUACGACCGCGGGACCCGCUAGUGAUGUUAACGACAUCGACAUCGACAUGAAAUUCGUUGAGGGUCAUUGGAAAGGCGAGAUCAAAGUUGUCAGAAACUCGUCGCCCAAAGGGCGCACCGGUGUCGUUGACAUGUAUGGGAAUUACUUCGAGAAGGGUUAUCUCUAUCCCUGA